UAUAAACAAGUCACGGGAAACGGUUUAUUCAGUUUAUACGAGACGGCGCGGCAAUACGUUGUCCCAUAAGCGACACGCCCAAAGUACGAUUACCUCGCGGGGAUGAAGGUUGAAUCUUCCACGAAGCCCUGAAAUCGAAGGUGUUUCUUGUUGGUCAUUCAAUCUAUUUCUUGAUCUUUAAUCUCUCUAGGCUUUCUGUUGAAUUCUAUAGAGGAUCUUUUUAGUACGCUUGGGUUUAAUACAUAUCAUGUUGAGUUCGAUACCGAAUCUUAAGUGAGUUAAUUCUACAAUUCUCGACGAACCCUUGAUUUGUGGCUCUCGCGAACAGUCUUCCUCUUUCCCUGAAGAUGCUUAUCAGAAUUAUUGAUUCCGAUUGUUUGGGUAGUUAAUAGAGUUUUGAUAGUGUUAAACAACCUGUAUUUGCAAUGUGAUUUUCAACUUACUUUUUUGAAUUGGUUUCGUUUUCCAAUGGUUUUCUUUGAAGAACAUGAAAUUGCUCACCACAUGUAUGCUCUGUUUUCGAUUAAAAGAUGGAAGAGUUUCUUUUUGCAUUGAGUAAUAAACUAGAAAACACACUCCUCCGUCCCAGAAAAUUCUUCCCACGGCCCAAAAAGGAAAGUGGAAAUCGCAUAAAAGAACGUUUUUAGUAAGCAAACAAGAAAUGGUGAUGACUUCAGAGGCCUACAACUUAAGAUCAAGAACAAUCUACAAGGCACAGAUCAGGGCUUCCAAAACCAAAAGCUGUAGCAGAUCUGUUCGGGCGAAGGAACCUGCUAGGCCUAGGAGGAAACCUGUCAAGUACGACGGAGGUUAUGGUCCGCCAUUGACUCAGUGGUCAGCCAAGGAUCUAGAAAUCAUGGAUAGGCGUGACCGGCGUCUUGCUGAGCUAGCACUUGACUACUACCAUAACUCAUGUAAGGAUGGAGUCACCUAUGAGGUGGUGGAGGUAAAGAAAAGCACGCAAUUCAAACUACCCGACACGAGAGAGUAUUUAAAGGCUCAUACCAACUUCACUGCCAAGCCCAAAAACUCAAAUGGACCCACAAUGCUCUUCUUCGUUGAGAUAUCUUUUCCAAAUAAAAUUUGCAAACCCCUGGAAGCCUCUACUACUACUGUUUACGGUUGCUACAUGCUUGGCACUGUUGGUGAAGUUGAUACAGGUCUUAAUGGCUGCCUCGCAUGUCGUGGAUCGGGUCUUCAUCACCCUCAUGAUGAUGGAGACUUUGAUAUUGGUUAUGAGGCUUAUCGCAUUUGGUAGUUAGUGCAUGGGCUGCUAUCACAUAGUAGUGAUUAAUCUUCAAUUGUGUGAUUCUCUUAAUUUGUAAAACUAUCCUUAUCAAUCUAUUUACUCCACUAUCUUCUUAGUUACAAUGAUAGUUCAGGAGGAAGUCCAAAUAGUUAAGUCUCCAUCUUCUCACCACAAUCUGUGAAGUUAAAACAGUUCAAUGUAGUUGCAAAAAAUAACUUCAUGUCCAGAAAAGGUACACAUCUUCCAAAAUAUGUUAACUUGUUUAUGUUUGAUUAUGAUAUAAUCAUCAUCAAUUGUGAGUAUCUGAUAAGAAUGGACGCCGUCUUCAUUCAUUUCGUUUCAGAAGCUUCUGAAUUAAAU